GCUGCCUCUCCAGAUGGUAGACCCUGACGUUCCAUUUGGUCUCAUAAAUGCUCGAUGGGCAGACCAAAAGCUUGAAGGACACAUAACUGGAAAACUGUAGUUGUGUGUAGCCGAACAUUGUCUCGCUGAGAAACGACAGUUUGUAGCACUGCAUGAAAGGCAACACAUGAGGAUUUCCUGAACGUAUUGUUGUACAGUCAAUGUUUUUAUUGCAUCACUACUAACGAGUUUCGCGGUAAUCAGAUAAAUUUUCAGUAAAUGAGUGUACUAUAGAAAUAUACUAUAAUGAAUGAAAAACGAAAGAAGACAUUGUUGUUAAUAAUUUUAGGUUUAGGUAAUUUUGCCAUUGGCUGUACAUUCUCAAUACAAUCCCCAUUCUUUCCUAGAGAGGCAGAAAAAAAAGGAGCGUCACCAACUGAAUAUGGUUUUGUAUUUGGUGUAUAUCAAUUGACAUUUUUCAUACUAGCUCCAAUUUAUGGAAAACUAAUGGGCCAUAUCUCGCCAAAUUUCAUGUUAUUGUCAGGAUUAUUUCUAGUCGGAGGUGCCGUCCUUCUAUUUGGCUUUUUGCAAGAUUCGCCUCAUGGCUUACCGUUCUUAGUUCUGGCAUACGUUCUACGCAUUGUAGAAGGAACUGGAUCAGCUGCUUAUCAAGUGUCCAGUUUCUCAAUUAUAGCUAGAGAAUUCAGAGACAGUGUAGCAAAAACAAUGGCUACUUUAGAAGCAGCUCUUGGAAUAGGGGUUAUUGUUGCACCAACUUUAGGUGGAGCAUUAUAUAACCUAGGAGAGUUCCUAUUACCAUUUGUAACAUUAGGCAGUUUUAUACUUCUUUGUGUUUUUUUUACAUAUUUUAUUCUGCCUACAUGUAGUCCCUCUCCAGAAAUGGCAUCUGGAAAGCUUUUGAAAUUCUGGCUUAACUUUUCCUUAAUUAUUGAUGCAACAAUUAUUAGUACAUCAUGCAUGUUCAUUGGAUAUAUAUCAGCUGUAUUAGAACCACAUCUAAGACAGUUUCAGUUAUCUACAAUGACUGUAUCCGUUAUAUUUGUAACUGCAGGUUUGUCAUAUUCCAUAUCAGCACCUAUUUGGGGUUUUAUCUGUGACCAUAAGAUUAACACUAAAUGUCUGAGUAUAGUUGGAGGUAUUUUAUUAUCAGUUUCAUUUUUAUUCAUUGGUCCUGCACCAUUUCUAAACCUUCCAUCACAAUUGUGGUUAGUGAUAGUUUCACUUGCAAUAGCUGGAAUUGGUGUGUCCUGUUGUUAUGUUUCACCUUUUAUUGGAACUUUGCAAGAUACUGUCCACAUCCGUGGUUAUCCUGAGGAUAUAAAAACUUAUGGACUUGUAUCAUCAAUGGCUGGUUCAGCACAAUCAUUUGGAAACUUUGUAGGACCUUCACUUGGUGGAUAUUUAUUAGAAAAAAUAGGAUUUUCUUGGGGUGCAUUAGUCUUUGCAGGAGCAGAAAUUUUAUUGGUUUUCUUUCUGUUUACCUACGUUAGUAUAAAGUGCUGCAGAAGAAGAAAAACUGAAGAAAAAUCAUACAGUUCAUUAAAUAAUGACUAUAGUUCAAUGAGCAGUUAAAAAUUAAGUUAUAUCAACAGAACUUGAUUUUCUUAUCAAUCACUUUAAACAUUUUCUAGUAUCUUGAAAACAUGACUAUCUUUUUUUAUUAAAUGAAAGGCUAAAUUUUCUAAAUAUUCAUCAGACAGUUGCAGUUUAACAAAUGCUGAAAUUCAAAUAUUUGUUAAACUACAACAGUUUGACGAUGAAAUAACAAACAUUUGAAAAUUAUUAGCCUUUCAUUUAACAAAGAAAUAUUUUCUGGCUUCUUGAAAAUGUGAAUUUAGAUAAAGUGAUAGUUAAGCACAUGGAGCCGUCACAUUCCCAGAAUCAAUUUUAUUAUUUAUUUUAUUGAAUUCUACAUAUCAAGAAUGACAUAAUAUAUUUAUACAGUAGAGUCUUGAAAACUUGGCCUAAUGUGGA